AUGGAGUCUCAAACGACCGACCUUGGGAGCGAGGAUAUUAUUGGAACGCAGCGCAUUCUCGUCUCUGAAGGACACCGAGUUACGCUCAACCCCCAACCAACCAACUCCCCCAACGAUCCUCUGAACUGGUCGCCAUGGCGUAAGUACUGGCAUGCGUUCCUCGUGCUCUUCAUUGUGGGCUUGACUGCUGCCACCAGCAACUCCGCCGGCAGUGCUUCAGAUGCGCUGCUGGCGAAAGGUAUCAGCGACAGCACUGAGAACACAGGUGCUGGUGUUCUAUUCGCCGGCAUCGGUUACACGACACUCCUCCUCUCCCCACUGCCUGCCUUGUAUGGCCGUCGCAGCACAUACCUCAUCUGUCUCCUCUCGUCCAUUGCUGGGAGUAUAUGGUUCGCCAAGACGUCGCGCUCUGCCGAUGCUAUUUGGAGCCAGCUCUUUGUCGGUGCCUCUGAGUCAUGUGCCGAGGCUGCCGCACAGCUGUCCCUCUCGGAGCUGUUCUAUAGUCAUCAACGCGGUAUGGUCCUGGGUCUCUAUAUCCUCGCCACCAGUGUUGGGACUUUUCUUGGUCCGUUGUUUGCUGGCCUUAUCACCGAUAGUGGUCUUGGCUGGAGCUGGAUUGGCUGGCUUGCUGCCAUCAUCAGCGUCGUAACCUUUGUCGUCUUCCUAUUUGGUUUUGAGGAGACAAGCUUUUGUCGCAGAGCUAUUCUCGAAGGUAUUCGCCUAUCCAAUGCCAACGCAGAGACUCCCAAGAUGCAAAAGGUCAACUUCGGAAGCGACAAUGCAUCAGAAACAGGCGAGCAGGUGAGCUCGAUUCAGGACGAACCCAAGACAUACUGGCAGCGGAUUGCACUCGUGACACCAUCGCCCACGCUCAUAGGCUUCGGUUUUAAGCAAUACUUUUCCUCGCUUCUUUCAACAUUCCGAGUUUUCACCUUCCCUGCUGUUCUCUAUGCCGGCCUACAAUGGGGUGCACAAGAUGCAUGGCUGACCUUUUACCUUACUGUCGAGGAGGACAACUAUUACGAUGCCCCUUGGAAAUACGGCGAUACCUCGGUGGCAUUGAUGAAUAUACCUACUCUGAUUGGUGCUGUUAUUGGCUGUUUCUAUGGAGGUUGGUUCUCGGAUAAAUUCGUCGAGUGGAUGGCACGCCGUCGAGGUGGCAUAAGCGAAGCUGAAGACCGACUAUGGCUUAUGUAUCCGGCAGCCAUAAUCAACCCUGUUGGCCUUAUUGUCUUUGGCAUUGGGUCUGAUCAAGGCUGGCUUUUCCCUAAGCUAUGGGCUGCUUAUAUCGGUCUUGGCUUUAUAGGUUUCGGCUGGGGAUGCGCAGGAGAUAUUGUAUCCCAAGGUAUGAGCUACCUUGCCGACUGCUACCCGGACAUGAUCUUAGAGGGAAUGGUAGGUGUGGCUGUGAUCAACAAUAGCAUCGCCCUUGUCUUCACCUUUUGCGCGAGUAUCUGGAUGGCUGCUCAAUCUCUUACCUGGGUUUUCACUAUCAUUGGGCUGUUGUCUUUCGCUUUCUUUAUGACAACUGCCCCUAUGCACUAUUGGGGCAAGGCAGCUCGGCGCUGGACAGCACCUAUGUACUGUAGAUUUAUUGAACAUCGGGAUGGGCUUUGA